UGCUACAUCGACGCGCUGUUCUCGCCCUCUGCUUUUGGCCUGUAUUCCUACCAACCGCGAAAAUGUAAAUUUCACAAUUUAGUUUAAAUCGUCCAGCAAUCGCAAAACCGAGCUCAAAUUAAGGCACAAUUUUGGCCAAAACCACGGCCGUAGCCGAUGGACAACCAAUAAAGGCGAAGAGGAUAUUCUUGUGUAACAAUUGUCCUAAAAAACUGCGCAGUAAAAAUCAAUAACUGUAAGUGGCACGCAUCGCGAUACAUAAAUGUAAAACGUGCCCACAAGGAUUAAAAGAUGUCCGACGAGGAGGAGGACUCCGUGUCCGAGGGCUUCUCGGCCAGCGAGGACGAGUGGAAGCCCAGUAAGGACGUCAAGGGCGGGGAAUCCUCCGAUGACGAUGACAGCGACUUCGAUGAGCUGCAAGCGGCGGGCGCAGGAGCGGCAGUUGGCGGGGCAGCCGGCUCCAGUGGUCGUUCAUCCGCCGGAGCGGGCAGAAAGGGCGAUCACAAGGCGCCAAGCGGCAUCAAGGGCUCCUCGGUGAAGAAGAGGAAGCCCAGCCAACAGUCGUUGCGCUCCAAGCUAUACAACAAGUACCGGCCGCCGCCCAAAACCUUUCCCACAUCGCCAUCCCAGCAACAGAACUCGCCCUCGGCGUCGGGUUCAAAAAACGCGCGAACGCCCAAUGAAAGCGGUGCUCGGGAUCAGCACAACGCUGCUGAUUCCAGCAGCGAAUCCAGUGUGGAGGACUACCUGGUGAAUCCAGCCGAUCUCGACCUGCAAUCCAGCUUCUUUGUCGGUCAGCCGACGUCAGCGCAGCAGCUACCGUUGCCGCAGGAGAAGGACAAGUCGCCGGUGCCGCAAUUCGAUUGCAAUGCCGGCAUCACGAAUCUCUCGGACUCUGGCUCCGGAUCGGAGGACAACAACGACAGCAGCAUCGAGGAUAAGGCCGAUGGCAAUGCCUUCGACUUUCGCGGUCUCCUUGAGAACGCCAAUAGUUUGGAGCGCACGCGGGAUGCAAUUAACCGGCGAAAUGUGACGGCCACACCGCCACGUAGCCAGGCUGCCACUAUGGAUGUCAAUGCGCUGCUUGCAUUGGGCGAGAACCAGAACUACCAGAAUGUAGAAGAAGAUGACGAGGAGCCGGAGGGUAAUCAGCGGCGAGGAGCCAGGAAAACGUCAGGAACGGCUGCGACGAAAUCUGGAGGAGGAGGAGCAGUUGAACAACCUCUGCCACCACCCAUGGACGGGCCGUCGCGUCUGAGCAAAACCAAGUCGACGCGAAUCAAGCGUCACACGAAGACGCGACCCGUGUCCACAGUGGUGGCCACUGCCGGCGAUACCGAUGACUCCGAUUUUGAGGAAGUGGCAGAUGACGAAGAAGACGAAGAUCUUGCCACUCCAAAUGUCUCCGGGGAUCUGGAGAUCCAUGUGGGCCUCCAGAAUCUUCGCCCCACGAAGGAGCAGAAGACGCAGCUGGAGCUGGAGAAUGCCCUGAAGCGUCGCCUCAAUCGUGACAUCAAAGAUCGGCAGCUGUUGCUGCACAAGGUCAGCCUGAUGUGCCAGAUAGCCCGUAGCUUGAAAUACAAUCGGCUGUUGGGUGAAUCGAAUGCCCUGAUGCAGGCUGCCUUAAGACUCCUGCCCAGUCGGAAUGCCUAUCCCACGGAACGAGGCACAGAGCUCAAAUAUUUGCAGUCCUUUGUCACCUGGUUCAAGACAGCCAUCAAGCUGUUGAGUCCCAACCUAUAUUCCGAGCAAUCGGCGCCCGGCAAGAAGGCCAUUGUGGAGUCCUUGUUGGCGCAGAUAAAGCGCAAGGAAGCCCGAUGCAAGCAGGAUAUGAUAUUCAUAUUCAUUGUCCUUGCACGGGGAAUGGGAAUGAACUGUCGUCUGAUUGUGAAUCUCCAGCCAAUGCCACUGCGACCGGCAGCUAGUGAUUUGAUUCCCAUUAAAAUGAAGACGAAUGACAAAAAGAACAAGAGCCAGGAGUUGGACUCGGAUGAACAGGAGAGUGAGAAUGAGGAUGAGCCCAAAAAACAUAAAAAGGCAGCGAAACCAGCAAAGCCAAAGGACAAGGAAAGCAGCAGCAAGCCAACUGCCUCUAAAGAAGCUGAGAAAAAGAGUUAUACCAAGAAGGAGACCAGCAGAACGGAAACCAAGUCCUCACCCAACACAAAACCACAAAAGAAAGAUACAGAAAAGAAGGAACAAACCAGGAAAGAUGAUUCUAAAUCAAAGACAAUCGAAACCAAACGUAGCUCGCGGGCAAUUAAAAGGGAGGAUGAUGAGAAGCCUUCAAAGCCCAGUCUCUCCUCUAAGCUAGUUGAAAAAUCCAAACUAAGCCGAUCCGAUAAAUCCUCAUCGUUUGAGGAGAAGCCAACCACUUCCAAGGCAGCUCUUAAGGUUUCUCCAACGAACGAAACCAAAGCAAAACCUCAAUUAUCUCUGCUUAAAAGAGUCACAACACAAAAGAUUUUAGAGGAAACUGAAGAAAAGAAGCCUCGGGUAGCCCCUCCCAUGGGUACCUUUUCGCCAGUGGCUGGACGUACUCGCAGAGGUCGGGAGAAGUCCAAAGACGAACGAGAUGAGGAGACUAAGACCAACAAUCAGCCACAACUUAUCGGAUCCCCAGUCCUACCAAAGCUGGUCUUAUCCAAGGUCAAGCUGCAGAGUUCGACGAAGCAAAUCGAGAAUGUGGAGAAUGCCAAUCCGGAGGAGAAGCCCAAGGAGCGGUCCACUCGAACGCGAAGCAAAUCGCCCAAAGUUCACAUAUCGCCCAGCUUUCUGCAGGGCAAAGCCGCAGAUGUUCCUGAACCCAAACCAAAACCGAAACCGGAGCCACGCAAGAGUCCAGACACCAAGGCUCGGAUUUCUCCCAGAUUCCUAACCGCCGAUGUAGAUACCGGCCGGCAAUUGCGUCAGCGAAGGCAGAAGGAUAACAACGCUCUAAGCAUUCCCCAGUUGGAUGGCGCUGAUGAUGAAGCUAGGCCAUUACCCAAGAAGCGUCUGAAGCUGGAAAAGCUGCAAAGGUCACAGAACUCACAGGACGAUGAGGUUUUCGAACCCGCCAAGCCCGUGAAGAAGGCACCGGUGUUGCCCAAGUCAGUGCAGAACUUGAGGAAAGAUCGUCGAGUGGUCUCCACCGAUGAUGAGGGCGGCACGAAGAAUAAGCGUCGCCCAGAUGCCUCCGACAUGUGGGUUGAGGUGUGGUCCGAGGUCGAAGAGCAGUGGAUUUGUAUAGAUCUGUUCAAGGGCAAGCUGCACUGCGUGGACACGAUACGGAAAAAUGCAUCGCCCGGCCUGGCUUACGUGUUUGCCUUCCAGGAUGAUCAGAGUAUCAAGGAUGUGACUGCCCGCUAUUGCUCCAAUUGGAGCACCACCGUCCGCAAGUCACGUGUGGAGAAGGCAUGGCUUGAUGAAGUCAUUACCCCAUAUCUGGGACAUCCCACCAGACGCGAUAUCACCGAGAACGAACAGCUCCAUCGCAUCCAUGCCAACAAACCGCUGCCUACAUCCAUAGCCGAGUUCAAAGAUCAUCCACUUUAUGUCCUUGAAAGGCACCUGCUCAAGUUCCAGGGUCUGUAUCCGCCAGAUGCGCCCACUCUAGGCUUUAUUCGAGGCGAGGCUGUUUACGCUCGAGACUGUGUUCAUCUGCUGCACUCGCGGGAUAUCUGGCUGAAGAGUGCCCGAGUGGUGAAGUUGGGCGAGCAGCCCUACAAGGUGGUCAAGGCGCGUCCGAAAUGGGAUAAGCUCACACGGUCUGUGAUCAAGGAUCAGCCGCUGGAGAUCUUUGGCUAUUGGCAAACCCAGGACUAUGAGCCCCCAACGGCCGAGAAUGGCAUAGUGCCACGGAAUGCCUACGGCAAUGUGGAGCUUUUCAAGGCCUGCAUGCUGCCCAAGAAGACGGUCCAUCUAAGAUUGCCCGGUCUGAUGCGCGUCUGCAAGAAGCUGAAUAUUGAUUGUGCCAAUGCAGUGAUUGGCUUCGAUUUCCAUCAGGGCGCUUGCCAUCCCAUGUACGAUGGCUUCAUUGUGUGCGAAGAGUUUCGGGAGGUGGUCACCGCUGCCUGGGAGGAGGAUCAGCAGGAGCAGGCGCGCAAGGAGCAGGAGAAGUACGAGACACGAGUCUAUGGCAACUGGAAGAAGCUGAUCAAGGGUCUGCUCAUUCGUGAGCGCCUUAAGAAGAAAUACAACUUCUGAAUGAUUGUGUAUUGUAUGUGUUUCCUUUAAGUUUAUCUUUUUUUACACAGCCUGGUUGCGCACGUGAAUUGAAUUCGUAUUUUGUACCAAUAAAUUGCAUUUGUAAUUAU